AUGCAAGAGCUUGCUAAUGGUAUUGUUGUACCUUGUGGAUAUGCGCGUAUAACAAAGAAGAUUGCCGAUGGGUUUUCCUUCAUGAAAGCUGACAAGUGGAAGUCGUGGUGUGUCAUAUACUCUCCAUUUGUUUUGAAGCAUGUGCUCCCAGCCAAGAAUCUCGAAAACUGGAUUUUGUUUGUUGACGCAUGCUGCUUACUCACAAAACCUUUGAUCAAUGACAAAGAAAUAGACGAAGCCCACAGUAAACUCCAAUUGUUUUGUAUAAGAUUUCAGACACUGUAUAGAAAAUUGGCCAUGACACCGAAUAUACAUCUACAUCUUCAUCUUGGCAAGUGUGUUCAUGACUUUGGGCCAAUUUAUGCUUUCUGGUUAUUCAGUUUCAAGAGAUACAAUGGUUUGUUGAAGAAUAUCAAAACAAAUCAAAAAGGCAGCUUCGAAUCAAUGAUGAUGAAGAGAUUUUUAGAGAGAACAUACAUUGGCAGCUUCAUACAAUCUUUUGUCAACCAUCUUCCCCAGUUUGCAAUUGACUUUCUGCAUCGCAUUUCAAAUAGUCAAGAUCAAUUAGCAGCAUUGCAUCCAUCUUCUACUGCCAGUACCUUUUCUCUGUCUGACUUUGUUGAAUAUUUGUUAAACCCUUGUCAUUCUGCUUUGGGUUGUGAGCCGUUGCCCCCUUCAGUGUUUCCGAUUAAACUUGAUCAAAGGAUUACAAUGUGCAAGGGACAUUAUGAAUGUUUACUGGAGUUUUACAGACACGCAUAUGACAGUCACGAUCUUUUUGUCCAUUAUUCAAACUGCGAGUCUAACCAGAUUUUUGUCAAUAACUGA